GCUACUAAGAAAAAAAAAAAGAUGAAGGUUUUUAAAUGGACGUUUUUUUUAAAAACAGCGUGUAUUAGUUGAUAGCGGAUCGCAGUUCGUGACGACUAAGUUAAUGGUUAAGUUUGAAUUCCUGUGUUCAACCGACGGAGCUUGGUGGUCGACGCUAACCUAGUUUAACGUUAGUUAGCCUGCUGUAUCGCUCUAUAUCUGGGGUUAGCCUGCUGUAAUGUUAUCCUGCUUUAUCGCUCAACUAGCCUGGGUUAGUAUUAUCGUUGGUUAUCCUUAUCUGCUGUGUAUCACUCUCUGUGUGCCGGGUGAGCAUUCUGUUUUAUUAUCGCUCUCAUUGUGGAGGUGAACCGGGUUAAAGUUAGCCUGUUAGUCUGUGCUCUUCAGAGCCGUGUUAGCCUGCUUAAUAGCCCGCUUCAUAGCCCUCUAUGCGGGUCAACGUCUGGCUGCUUUAGAGCCACUGUACCAGGGUAGUAAGCUGGGGGGAGCUAAACUAAGCUAGCGAAAUUAAUAUUAAUAUUGAACGUUAAAAGACAACAUUUCUUUAUUGAAUUCAAGGCGAAUGUGCGCAUAUUUUAACGGAUAUGCGUUUGUUAAGACGGGUUUAUUUAUGACAUUUUAAACUUAAUGACACGCAAAUGCGUAUAAUGUUUAAUGUGUUGUUUAAAGCGAGUUGACUGUUGGGUGUAACGGCACGCUAGCGUUACCUGUGUGUUAAACAAACCCCACGGUGCCCUCACCAUGUUGGUGUGUACGCGUAACGCCGGACAGACCAGACCGUAGUGCAGACAGUGAAUGUCAUUAUCAGCGUACUGUCUGCAUACCAGGGCCGUCGUGGCGAGCCAGCAUAGGAGGAGGAGGAGGAGGCGAGGUAUACAGUGUGCAGACGAGAGAGAGAGAGAGAGAGAGAGAGAGAGAGAAUUAUUUAUUAUACGCGGUGUCCUUGCAGCAGCAGAAAGGACACCAGAAGUGGAGGUGACAUGGAGAAACAUUUUCUAAAUACCCUUUUUAAUGCUGUGAGGUUGUUCUGAGAAAUGCCACCGCGUUGUAAUUCAUAGCAGCAAUGCGGCUGUUGUGAUUUCUGACGGAAAUAAACCGACCAGGUUGGAGUUUUUUUCCGCAGGAAAAUGUAGACCUUCAUUUAUCGGUCGCUGAUAUGAUUUUGCAGGUUUCUUUUUCCACCCUCAAUUGGCCCACGGUUAUAUUUGCCAUUAAAAACGCCCACAAACAUCAACCUGCUUCGGAAUCGAGCUUGAGGUUUGCACCGCUGCAGCAUUUAAGUCAGUGGAGAAAAAAACAAAAACGAUGGGAUGCUGACAUUUGCACGAGCGUGCAAAUCCUUGCACCGUGGUGAUUUUUAUUUUUUACCGAAUGUACGUUUUAGCCUCUUUUGAAAAGCCGAAAUACCCAUUUAGUGUAGAUGAAUACAUAAAAUGCAUUUCACGACUGCGCAAAUGAUGCACUAAAUGGUACAUUUUCAAGCUGAAGUGCGUUCAAUCGGCCGUCAGUCGGUGUCAUAUUGCUGCAGUAGCCAUUAUCAUCUAUAUUGCGUUUUAAGUUGGGGGAAACCAGCUAAGAGUUGUUACCCUAUUACAGUCCAUUUAAGAAGUUCCGCAGUAAAGCCCGGGAGUAAAAAGGGGGAAACGAGGCUUUCCAUGCUGCUGUAUAUCAAGCUGUGAACGGCCUGAGAAAAGGGGACGACUGCUGUUAGCGCUUUUAUCAAUUGUUUUUCAAAGAGCUGAUGGGGUCAGCGUGGGGUAAGCAGACCAGAGGGGAAGGCACAAUAUGGCACUUUCAUUUGCUAAGUAAAAUGUUUUUCACCAUUGUACCAGUUUUACAUUAACAAUGUAAUCGAGGAAGGAGGGGCAGGGUGGUGGUGGUGGGGGGAUGAUUUCACUUUGGUUGUCAUGUCUGGUCAACUGGUUUCGCCUGUUAAAAUUCUCACUUUGUGCUGGAAAGUUUGUUUCAGAACCUUUGGUGAAACCUUAGAUGAAAAUUUCCACCGGGGUUCAAUUACAAGGGCUGAGAAAGCCUCGUGUUAGUGUGAAGUAUGGUAAUGGCCAUUUGGUUUAGUGGGCAGCCAUUGACCUCUUUAGCCCCCAUAAAACAUUUGAACUCUAUAUGGCUAUAUCAUGCUCCACAACAGUUAUCAAUGAGAUUGUUUUCAGUUUGUUUAUUCAUCUACAGGAAGUUAAUUGAUUAGCUGUAGUUUAGAUACUGACUAUAUUAUUUCUCUGUUUUCUAAAUCCCUGUUUUUCAUAUUCAGGAAGCGGAUCAGAACAUAGAAAACUUCCGUCAUCAUCAUGCAUGUGUCUAACUACCAGAAGAUUUGUGUCAUUUGAAAAGACUUGGAAGAGAAAAAAAGACUCGGAGGAGUACAAGAACUCAGUCAGCGGACAGAAACGACAAUAACCCAGUGUUUAGACAUGGCCAGCACCCAGACCAGUUUGAAAACCCCUUUCAAAGACUUGACCUCAUUCAAGGGCAACAUGAAGCGGCUGUACAGAGAGCGGCUGGAAGACGCGCCCAUCAAGAAGCGAGUGAUGGCGGAGAUCAACCUGAAGCGUCGCAGCUUGGAUUCCCUCCCCAAAACUCCAAAGGUGAAGAGGGAGCAGAUCGAGGAUCUGUGCCACGACCCUGACAUGGAUGUGGAGUGCCGGGCUGAACUGCACAUGUUGGGCUCUGCUAAAGCUCUGGACCUGAGCCCCGGGCUCAAACACACGCUGGCCCAGUUCACCCUGAGCAGCCAGAGCUCACUCGGGGGCCCGGCUGCCUUUUCAGCCCGCACCGGUCACGAGCACUCCCCGGCCGGCAUGCCCCCCCUGCCCUCUCCUCCUGUCCUGGGAGGGGGCCCUCUGCUGGUUCCCUGUGACAGCUCCACUGAACUCACCCACUCGCUGCUGGAGGGAGAGUCCAUCUCCUGCUUCGUCGUUGGGGGAGAGAAGCGGCUUUGCCUGCCCCAGGUGCUCAACUCUGUGCUCCGCGACUUCUCGCUGCAGCAGAUCAACACGGUGUGCGACGAGCUCUAUGUCUACUGCUCGCGCUGCGACGCCGAGCAGCUGCAUAUCCUCAAGGUGCUGGGCAUUCUGCCGUUCAACGCACCUUCCUGUGGCCUCAUUACACUGACGGAUGCACAGCGGUUGUGCAACGCUCUGCUGCGUCCAGGGGCGGCCUUGCCCGCGGACCCCAGCGGUAAGCUGCUGACCCAGGGCCUGCUGAAGGAGAGUGAAGCGAGUUUCCAGGUGGAGCACCAGUGUUUGGGGAAGUGCCAGGGUCUCUUUGUGCCCCAGUUCUACAGCCAGCCUGAGGCGCCCUGCAUCCAGUGCGUCGAGUGCCAGUUGCUCUUUUCGCCACAGAAGUUUGUCAUGCAUUCACACAAGUCACCCGAUAAGAGGACCUGCCACUGGGGCUUUGACUCAGCCAAGUGGCCCUGCUACCUGCAGCUCGCCAGGAAGUAUGAAGGCAUGCCCGAGGAGCCAAAGCUCAAGCAGCUCCUGGACGAGGUCAAAGAGAAGUUCCACUACCAGUUCAAGAGGUCGCAAGACAAAAAGGCAGUGGAGGAGGAGGAGAGCCAGGUGAGGAAACCCUCAGCAGAUCUCUGCUCCCCCAGCAGCAAGUUGAAUGAUGCCGACCCUGAAAAAAAGGACAAAACAUCUUCACCUACUCUGGUGUUCAAUCGUCUUUUCGCGGACAUCAAGGAGGAGCCAGGACACCCCACCCUGGUCCAUCCCAGCUACUACCUGUACACAUACGAUAAGAUGCUGGCUCCCAACGUGUCUCUGCAAAGGGAGGCGGAGAUGAGCUCCGAGAUGUUCGGCGCGCUGCUCAAACACCACUACAGCCACAGAGUGCUGGGCCACGACGAGCCACCCAUGGAUCUUCAUGCGUCGCCUCCCGUCGCCGCUGCUGGCGCCAAGGAGGCCAAAUCCCAACGUGCCGCUGCCGCCUCGACCAGUGAGCGGGAAUGCCAAACCCAGGCAGUUUCCAUGGAGACAAGCAGCCAGAGCUGCAAGACAGCCGCCCACACCCCCCCUCCUCCUCCCGUGUCGUUGUCGUCGCCGGUAACGGAAGUAGCGGCUACGGACACGGGCUUUGCCAUGAGCGUCGCUGCGGCGGGGGGGCUGGAGGACGACAAGGACAGAAUCGUGGUGGAGAUCAUGCAGAUGUACAGCAGGCAGCAGGAGAAGCUCAACUCCACCCUGCACAAGCAGCUGCAGCUGGAAAUGGAGCUGGAGGCAGUGCGCGGGGGCGAGGCGGCGAGGCUACGGGAGCUGAGCGCUGAGCAGCGGGAGCUGCGCAGCGAGCUGGAGGCGGUGCACAGCGAGCAGGCGCGGCAGCUCAGCCAGGCCCGCCAGGAACAGCUGGAGCUGGAGACCCGUCUGGAGCAGCUCCGGCAGCAGGCCUGCGCCUGCGAGCCGGGGUCCCAGCGCCAGCAAGAGGCCCACUACGCUGCACAGUUGUCGGAGUUACGUCACAGGCUGGAGCGAGCAGAGACGGACCGGCAGGAGCUGCAGGAGGAGCUGCGCAGGGAGCGUGAGGCGCGGGAAAAGCUCGAGCGCACGAUCGCCCAGCUCAAGCAGCAGAUGGUCCAUUCUGCCACGGUGGGAGGCAGCCCCUCUCCUCCUCUUACCCCUUCAGCCGGACCCCCUAACGCCCACUGCCCGCCCUCCUCCUUCUCAGAGGCCCCAGCGGCUGGCCAAAAGUAACUGCCACCCCCCCUUCAGGCGCCUCCCUCAUUCCGCUCCCGAUCACCCGCCAACUCUACAGACACAAACAAAUCAGCCUAAAGCAGAAAAGGAGCUUUGCAUCUCCUUGGGUUUUUUAAGUUCACUCCCACCCUUUUGUUUCAAUGUAGGACUGAAUUUUGGUUUUGUAAUGUUGUGUUUCUUUAUUAUUAUUUCUUUUUUUUUUCUCCCUCCUCUCUUUAAACAGUAUUUAAAGAUUUUUUUGGGGCAUGUAUGUUUGAUUUAAUUUAUAGUUUUUACUGAACAAACAGCUGCUUUAGACGUUGACGGUCAAGUAGAGACCAACUCGACCCUUCCCACAAUGGUCACCUGCCUCGCCCCCAUCUCUUCUUGCUCUCUCUGGAUCCUGGAGCUGAAGACUUUGAGGUUUCAGACUUAAGCUCAGACGCAGACUCAUCCCGGACGUCACUUCAUGCUACUACCUGGCACAGCAGCCGGUGUCCUCGGACACGUAAUGGCGCCUGGUUGCGGUGCCCCUUCUCCGUCUCUGUACUUGCGGCCCAAACGCUCAAGUACCAGCGACUGCAGGAAACUGCAUGGACAGUUCCAUACUGCUUUUCCUGCUCCUUAUGAAAACGGAGAGAAAAAAGGUGUAACAACAUGUCGAAGAAUAUUAAAUCUCUCUGGAGGAGAAAUACCUUUACUGUACAAAAAAAAAUAAGACAUUUUGCAGAUGUCGUAAAAAACCUCAUGAAAAUAUGCCAAUAGUGACGCUGAACUUGAAAUGAGUGGUUUGAGUGUGACCCCCCCCCCCCCCCCCCACACACACAAGGUAGCUAGCUAGCAAAUCGUCUGGCCUGGACCCCAGCUGCUCCUCACACAGGCUACUUCCCCCUCUUCACUCUGCUGGGCAGCACCUGGACUCUCCUGUCGUAGACCAAACAGUCUGUCGGUUGAUCCAGUGUCUCCUCUCCACGCACGCACACACACACACCUUUCACCGCUGUACGCUAGUGCCGUUGCCCUCUGCUGGGAAACUCCAUAACACUGUGGUUUUCACCCACUUUAGGCUAGACAGGAAACACUGUGCUCUUUUCAGACUUGGCAUGAAGAAACCCACAAGCAGUGUUUUGCACUUAAUACGCUCUCCUCCCCCAGAAUCCCUAGGGAGAGGAAUGUGUCUGGACACGGGGGGAGGGCUGGUUGAACCAGUGUAGCUUUCCUAAGAAAGAGGGAAAGGCAGCGUCUCACAUGUGCGGUAGCUGUACUGCCAUACCAUAAUACAUGCGACAUCCUUACAUAACCGCACACACACACACACACUCGAGUGUGUCAGUGCGGUCCAGGCAUUCAGGCAGAACAAUGGGCCCCAGCGUUCCCAGCAGAUGAUCAAAGCACCAGUCUGGCCCCUGUUUUGUUUUCUGGGCUUCUCUCUUUUUUUUGUAUCAUUUGACUUCAUUGUCAGCAGACGGUUUUUAUCCACCACCCUGUUUGUCAGAGCGUCGUCUUCAGAAUGUGGGUCGCAGGUGAAAGCAGUUAGUCCGGUUUUGGGCCUCGGGUCCGGCCCCAGCUUCACGUUAUUCUGCCUGGCUGAACAAACAGCACUGGACAGGAAGAGGAAGAGAGGGGCGGCGAGGAUCGAGGGGAGCGCUGGGGGUGCAGCGGGCUGGGUGGCCCAGACGCCAGGGGUACAGAGGGAGCCCUCUUUUUGUUUAGUGCAGUCAGAAUGGGGGCAGCUGUUGUACUCUGGGCCUCUGGGUGAGACUGUACAGGCUCCCCCCACCCACCAAUCUCUCAACACCCUCUCACGAAACGACCGUCACUCACUCACACAUACCCGUCCAUCCAUCCAUCCAUCUCCAGUGCCAGAUCAGCUGGGGUUGUGCAGUGUUUUGUAGAUGCCCAGGAGAGGAAGAGAGGACUUUUAUUGUGUCAGUUGCCAGGCAAAAGCACUUUUUAUUGCCACUAAGGAGAUCCCUGUAAGCAAGUGUGUGUGUGUGUGUGUGUGUGUGUGUGUGUGUAAAUAAUUGUUUAAGAAGAGAAGGGGAUCGGCCUCAGCUAAACUCUUGAGCUUUUUUUUUAUGCAUCUGCUAUAAAUGCAAAUGAAUAGACAUUCCACUGUGCUCCAUCCUGUUGAAUGCAGAUUUUCGUACACGGCUUCCUUCACAAUAACAGACGAUAAAGACCAGAGUACAGUUGUGGUUUGUUGAUUGUCAUGAAAGCAGGCGCAAGCCAGUCCAAUCAAACCCACGCCGCUAAUGUACACUCUACUGUUUCAGUUUAUUGAAAUUAUGAAAGAAAAUAUUUAACGUAUUAACUAAAGAUUUAUAUUCACUCUGUAAAUACAGUAGUCAUUAAUAUAUUAACUGUUCUUCUAUGAAAAAUCUUCAAAAGGUUUUAGAAAGUGGACCAGAACUAAGGCUUCAGAUGUUUUUGCUUUCUUUUUUAAAAUAGUUAUCAGAACUUGACGUGAGUCGUCGAGCAGGUUUUGGGGGGGGAGGGGAACGCAUGGUUUACUGACACAUGAUACAAGGCGAAAUAGGAAUAUAAUACUUUGUUACACACUUUGCCCCCUUUUCUGAAAUGAUGCAUUUUCUUUUAUUUUUGUGGAUUUCAUCUUGACGGACUGUUGAUCGUGUGAUGUAACGAGCCCCCCCCCCCCCCCC